UCUGGGAACCACAAGUAAACCUGUAUUUUGGGACCUAAGUGGUCUGUUAGGGUGAUAAGACAGAGGUUAUCAAGGGGCCAUGUGGCAGCGUGGGAAUGACCUUCAGGCAUGUUCCUGCGACUGAGGGGGAUGCUGUGCACGUCAGCAUCGAGACGGUCAUGCCUAACUCCCCUGCAGCGCUGGCAGAUCUGCAGAGAGGUGAUCGCCUCAUUGACAUUGGAGGUGUUAAAGUGACAUCCUCAGUUCAAGUGCCCAAACUGUUGAAGCAGGCCGGAGACAGGGUGGUGGUGCGAUAUGAGAGACCAGUCCGUCACCAGACUUCUUCUUUAGGAAGCUUGGGAACUCACCAGGAAGGCUUCGGACAGCUGGAAGAAACCGGGUUUGUCCCACAGCCAGGUGGCUAUGAGGAAGACCCAGCCCCAAUCACCACCCUUUCUGAUAUAUCUGACAGCAAAGACAUGGACUCUGAGUUUGAAGAGUUGGUUGUGGACUCCAAACCAAGCCAGACUGUUGGCCCUAACAACAGUACCACAAAUACCAGUGAAACAAAGGACGAUUUGUUACUUACAGUUAACCAAAGCCCCAAAAGGACUGUGGCUAACUUGGCCUCCAAGCCCCUUGGUACCAUAUCACCCAUUCUUAACCGCAAGUUAAACCUGGUGGGUCUCCAGUCACCACUAAAGCCUCAGCCCAAAGAAUCCCCAAAGCCCUCAGCACAUAAGACUGGUAGUGAUCCAGGGGAGGGUCUGCAGCGCCCCACUGUUCCUCCUCCGCCCCCUCCCUCUCGCCCCCCAGUGCCGCCAAGACCUCAGAUAAGGUUGACCUCAGCCUCCUCAGAAACCAGUCUUUUGGAAGGUGUUGAUUCAGUUACUAGUACCAGUGCUACUAUUACUCCUGUUAUGACAACCACCACCAGUUGUUCUGAAAAAUCUCCAGAAAAGGCUCCUCUUAUUGGUGCCAAUGAGGACAAGGCUGGCCCUGAGAAGAUGUUUGUCAAACAGGCAGAGGCAAAGCAGACUACCAAGCCCACUGAGUCCAGUGAUGAGCUGCCAGUCCCUUCAACUGCACCUAGUAGUAGCAAGGCUGAUCAAGCAAAGGACAAAGCUUCAGAGAACUCGUGCAGCACACGGGACAGUCUAGAGGACCACACCAUCUGGGAAUCCCCAGAAACUAUGUUUCGCAACCAGACAGCACACUGGGGCAAAGCCUCUAUGGUGUUUGAUGUUGAGAGCAACCACAAAUACCUUAAUGUGGCCCUGUGGUGCAAAGAUCCCUUUAAGCUUGGUAGUUUGCUGUGCCUGGGUCAUGUGAGCCUCCAGCUGGAACAUGUAGCCCUGGAAUGUAUGGCUACAUCUUCAGCAGAGUACCAGAGCACCUUCAGGCUGGGUCCUCCAGAACCCAAAGCCAAUGUCAGCCGCACUGCACUACGCAGUCUCAGCACUCACAAGGGUUUCAAUGAGAAGCUGUGUUAUGGGGACAUUACUCUGAACUUCUGCUACUUGGAGGCUGACUCUGAGUAUCCAGUCGGGCUGGUAGAAAGGGAGCAAGAGGGGAGUCUUCAUGACGAGGAUCUAAAGGAGAGGGAAAGGGAGCAAAUCCCUUCAGCAGCACGCGAUGACUUGACCUACGGCACCAUACAGUUGGUGGAGGUUCGCCACAACUUCCAAGACACACAGUUCCAGAACCCCACCUGGUGUGAAUACUGCAAGAAGAAAGUUUGGACCAAGGCAGCCUCUCAGUGUAUGGUAUGUGCCUAUGUUUGCCACAAGAAGUGCCAGGACAAGUGCCUCUCUGAGAGUCCCUUCUGUUUGGCAGCAACUGAACGUCGUGGAGCUGACCCUGAAGCCAAAUCCACCAUUAACCGAGCUACCACUGGCCUAACGCGCCAUAUCAUCAACACCAGCUCCCGCCUGCUUAACCUCCGCCAGGUACCCAAGACUAGGCUAGUUGAGCAGGUGGUAGAUGUGCCUGGAACGGUGGAACCCUCACCCAAGCAUACACCCAACACUUCUGACAAUGAGAGCAGCGACACUGAGACCUACACCAGCGGCGCGAGCCCCUCAAAACAGCCCGUCAGUAGUGGUGGCAGCAGUAAACUCGUACGCAAGGAAGGUGGGUUGGAUGACAGCGUGUUCAUUGCUGUGAAGGAGAUAGGGCGUGACCUGUACAGGGGUCUGCCCACAGACGAGCGCUCUCAGAAGCUCGAAUUGAUGCUGGAUAAACUGCAGCAGGAAAUCGACCAGGAGCUCGAGCAUAAUAACGCCCUUCUGCUGGAGGAAAGGGAGGCCACCGAUGCCCGGCGCAAGGCCCUAAUCAGUACUGCCUUGUCCAAAUCUGGCGAGAGGCUGCAGGCCCUCACUUUGCUAAUGAUCCACUACAGGGCAGGUAUUGAGGACCUGGAGUCGGUGGAGAGCACCUCUCCUUCAGAGCAGCAAGGCUUUAAAGGAAAAGGAGAAGGCCUGGAGGACGAGGCUCUGAUGGGGACUGAGGUCUAUGACAGUGACAUCUGCAGCCCUGGGGAGGCGCCACUGCUGGAUGACAUCAGUGAAGAACAGAUCUGUGUGGAGGCUCUCCACUAAAGACUAGACUGUACGAAACCAAACAAGGACAAGGACUGCGCCCACGUUGUAUUCUUUGAGAGACGGCCAUUUUAAAUGUUGGUGGUUGUUGAGACUCCAGUGUUUGAUUUGAGACGUGAGUUAAAGUCAUGUUCAUUUUUGAUGCGUUUCUGUGUUUUUAAAGGGAAAUGUAAAAACUGCACUCUUACUGCACAUCUGUCCAGUUUUGUUUCCCCGUGGCUUCUAAAGGUCAUUGUGAGCGUUUCUGUCUGUAACUGCUUUGACAUAUGGACUUUCCAGCAUGUGCAGACUUUUGUCGUUUGCUCAUCUGAAUCGUCUUCAUUUUGGAUAACGAGUCAAUAUGAAGGUCAUUAGAGUCACUUAGCGUACGCACAGCAGGUUCACACAUGCACCUCAUGUUUAACCAUCACUCACACACAUCUUUUUGCUUUAAUAUAUUUAGAUUUUCACACUCAUUUGGUAUUUCAGGAUAAUUAUCUGUGGAACCUGAUGGAAAUUUGCCUCUUUGUAUUCGUCCGGCCAAACAUAACGGUGAAAACCAUGGUUUCCGUCCUGUGUUCUUUUCCUUCUUUAAAUGAUGUUACUGUGAGUUACGUUCUCUUUACGACCACACUGAACCUGUAAGAAUCGGCGAAGGCUAAUAACUUGUGAAUGAAGAGUGAGAAGGCACGUGAUUCACUCUGAUUGAUUUUUAUUUGAUUGUUAAUGAGGAGCUCUCACGACGUUACUCAAACAUUUAUUUAUUUGAUCGCUUUAAUGUGUGUUUUUCUUUGGAUUUGUGGACAAAUGUUGGGCUUGAGGACAUUUUUGAUGAGUCGUCACAAUCUCAAAGGUGUGGUUGAGGGUAAACACGGAGUCAAGUUUGGAUCAGAGUGAGGCUACCGGUCCUGAGUGUCCUCAGAGCUGUUAUAAUGCUUCUGUCAAAUGUUUUCAUACCCAAAUGAAUGUAAGUUGAGCUCGAUCUGUGUUUUGUGUACAUAAAGUGUUUGGCACCACGUUCACUGGUUUCCUUA